AUGGACAUAGAAAAUUAUAAAUCAGAUUAUAUCAACAAAAAAGAAAGCAGAUUAAUCAAUUCUUUAUUAAUAUCUAACGAAUAUUUGAAGGAAAUAAUUGCGUCUUCCGACAUCAAGGGUAUUUCCUAUAAUUUCCCCAUCCAAAAUUUAAUUAAAAAUAAGAAUAAGAGACUCCAUAAUGGUUAUGGCCUUGAUAAUAUCGAUGAUGAUCAGUUCUUUAUUUACUCUUUGAACACCUCUGGAUUCCUCGAUUGGCAUGCGGACAUGCAUGAUGACAUCACCCCCCAUAAUGAUCGAUCUGUUACUGAUUCAACUGAAUUAGACCAACAUAUUCAAAAUUAUUGGGAUAUCAUUCAAAACACUGAAUGCCAAUUUCUUUCCAAUAGUCAGCAUUUUAAUCCAGAAAAUACAAUAAAUGUUUCCCCUCAAAAAAUAAUGAAAUUAUUCCAAAGAGAUACUGUUUCCAAAAUUGGUUCUCUUCUUAAUAAUAAAAAAUUGGAUUUGCAAACUAUUAAAGGCCUGCUCAACUAUAGUUCAACAAGUUGGAAAAAUCCAUGUUUCAAUUAUUCAAUAAUUUAUUUACCGGAAUAUUUUAAUGACUCCUUAUUAUACGCAAAAUACGAUUCCACUUAUAAUCAUGUCAUUUUACCUAUAAUAAGUAAUGAUAAACAAAUUGCAUUCAAUUCCAUCAUUAACAACCUCAAAAAUUGGUUGCUAUGCUUAUUGGAACUGACUUCUUCAUCAAAUUACAAUUUGAAAUUCUUGAGAUUAUAUAUUAAUAGAAAUUCGGAUAAAUAUCUAAUUAUGACUCUAUUGAGAAAUAUAAAUUGGAUAAAUGGGAAAUUAAUUCCUAAUGAAAACAAUUUGAAUUGGUUAUCUUCACCCGAAAACUCUAAUAAUAUACAUAACAAUACCAACAAUAAUGAUAAUGCCUUGGCCUAUAAUGAUGAAAAUUUCAUAAUAUUGGAAUUUGAAUGUUAA